AUGAAACAGAAGGUCCCUAUGCUUGUAAAAAACCGGAAGCCUCUGUAUAGUGAGCGAAAGCUCGGCAAACCCGUUAAAAGUAUUGCAUAUCAUACUAAACAGAAGCGCGCCAAUAUAAACGGCUCCAUCCUGUUCAUUUCUCGUGUGCAUGUUUGUCCGCAAGAACAGAGUCGACGUGAUAAUGGCGACUAUGAAAAUCUGCACUGUCUUAAAAACGUAGACGAACGAGUUUCUCUUGAUGAGGAGCCACUCUUUGUCGAAAUUGGCCUUGAGAAGCUCCCGUUUGGGUACGGAGUAUUUUUUGAAGACAAGGGCCGCCUUGUGAGUCCUGUCCUUAUCGUAAGUCCCUUUUCGCUCGGGGCAAGUGAAGCCGCAGGUUUGGAAGAAGUCGACGACAUGCUGGCGUGGGCCCUGAUACACGAUCUGACCUUCGGAUAA